AUGUGCCUUUUGCUUCUCGAAAUCUUCUGUGCAUUCUUCAUGCCUCCUUUGGCUCUUCUGUUUCAUUCUGGAUGCACAAUUCAUUUUUUCUUCAACUGCCUUCUGACCGUUUUCGGAUAUAUCCCUGGUGUUGUACAUGCACUCUAUAUGAUCUUCAAGAAGCCUAAGAAGCAGGGCGUCGUUCUUACAACACAGGUGAACGUUGCGCAGCCGAUGUUACCAAUGCAGCAGCCGAUGCAACCUCCUCCAGCACCAGUUUACUAUUGUCCAGCUACCGCACCACCGCCACCCGUCUACUAUGCCGAUGUGGCACAAAAGUAUUAG